AUGAAUACUAGAACAUUUCAUAAAUUACAUUAUGCGUAUGGGAAAACUCCUAUUACCACUACUGUUAUUAAUUUCAAUGGACUGAAAUUUAUACCUAUUCCAAAAUUAAUAAAAGAUUUAUUUCAGUUCAAGUCACCACUUCCCAAAAGAUUCUCUACUAUUUCUUUUAAUUGGAAUCCUAACAAAGAUCCGUUUAAAAUCCCAAUAAAUCAAAAACAAAAUCCUAUUUCAAUAUAUUAUAAAAAUCGUAAAAAUUAUAUUUCUCCUUCAAAAUCCAUUUUAUUUAAUUCUCAUAUAAUUUUUGGAAAUUCAAGAAUUAAGACAGGUUUUCCUUUGAUAAUUAAAAGUUGUAACAAUACAAUUCGAUCUUUUACAUCUAAACCUUCAUUUAAUAAGUCGAUAUCACCACCUAGCAAUGAUUUAAAAAAAAAUUUGAUGGUUGAUAGAUUAUAUGAUUCAUCUAUUAAACAAAUUCAAAUGGCUUAUGAUAACAAUUAUAAUGACUUUAAAUAUCAACUUGAUGGAUACAUUGAUUCUUCUUCUUCUUCAAUUAAAUUUUUCGAACCUCACUCGGUUUCAUCAAGAUCAAUAGUACUUGGAGCUCUUCAAAAAGAAAAUUCUGUGACGAUUGAAUAUUGGAUGAGUGGUAUUACUGGUAAAAAAGUAUCUGUAAAAGCGAUAGGAAGUUUUGAUCAAGAUGAUUUAAAAAUCAAAGAUAUUAUAGUGUAUUGGCCUCAUGCAGGUAAAAAGAUCAAGAUCCCUACUAAAUUUGAGUUGGAUGGUUACAAAUUUCCAACACAAUCACCAAAAAUCUUUGAGGCUGAAUAUCGAGAUAUUAAAAAAGAAUAG